AUGAGAUUUUUAACGGCCAUAUUAUUUGUGAUGACGACAACUUUGCUUCCUGUUGUCACUGCGGACCUGGAGUCUGCAGCGGCUCUGUAUCCCAGAUGUGGUCUUGAUUGUACUCUGGCAGGCAUUGCUCAGUCAAAUUGUGCUCCAACGGACCAAGCAUGUAUUUGCACAAACCAGCAGUUAGCCGAAGCCAUCACAGUGUGCGUGGCCAUGAACUGUACGAUCAGAGAGCAGUUGACUACUAAGAAUGUGUCUAUGACGGCCUGCGGUGCACCGAUCCGCGACAGAAGCGGCCUCAUUGCUGGCUUCGGAGCAGGAGGAGGUGCAGUUGCCCUCCUUAUUUACGUGGUUCGCAUCUUUGCAAAAGCCACCGUACCUGCGGCAAAGAUUGGUUGGGACGAUAUUACCAUCACUAUCGCAGUUCUCCUUGUAGUGUUCUCAGCCUUGUCAAUAGUGCUUGCCAAUCAUGGUUAUGGGCGAGAUAUCUGGACCGUCCCUUUCGACGACAUCACUCUUAUUCUUCAGGUCUAUUUCGUUGAUGAACUUCUUUACAUCAUCAUCAUUUCCCUGACGAAGGUGGCGAUUAUUUGUUUUUACCUUCGAGUCUUUCCAGAAAAGAAUUUUCGCCGGAUUGCCUUUGGCACCAUGGCUGUGACGCUGCUAUAUAUGAUUGCAUUUCUCAUUGUUUCGGCCUUUCAGUGUCAACCAGUGUCAUUGGCAUGGACAAACUGGGACGGUGAGCAUGAUGGCAGAUGCAACAAUGUGAACGCUCAAGGAUGGGCUGCAGCAGCUAUCAAUAUUGCUCUGGACGUUGUCAUCCUGGUUAUGCCACUACGACUUGUGAUGAAGCUCAGCCUGCAUUGGAAGAAAAAGUUACAAAUCAUGAUCAUGCUAAGCGUGGGAGCUCUUGUCGUCGUCGUCAGUGCCUUGCGGCUGGACACGCUCUUUCAGUUUGCCAAAUCCCACAACCUCACAUGGGACACUACAGCUUUCGGCUACUGGUCCUGCAUCGAGAUGGACGUCGGAGUCAUUUGCGCCUGUAUGCCUGCCAUGUACUCGUUGUUCAAACACUACUUCCCCAAGAUAGUCGCCGGGACGAUCCAAAGCAAGAGCAAGGUCAGCGGUGCCUAUGGCAGCCGGAGCGGCGCUGGAACGCCAGGGAUACAAUUUGACAGACGAAAGGACGAUAAGGACGGUGGACAGGAUUUUGUCCGCCUGGUUGACCUUGAGAGCGUCAAGGGAGACCGUGUGGGCACCGGCCCAGGCACUGCAUUUUAG